AUGGAAGCAACACUACAUGCACCCCUCCAGCCUCCAACUUAUGGAAACCUGAUCACCAUUCUCAGUAUUGAUGGAGGUGGAAUCAGAGGGCUUAUCCCCGGAACUAUUCUUUGUUUCCUAGAGUCUGAGCUUCAGAAGCUGGACGGUGAAGAUGCAAGAAUCGCGGAUUAUUUUGACGUGAUUGCAGGAACAAGCACGGGCGGUCUUGUGACAGCCAUGCUAACGAGCCCCAAUGAGAAGAAGAGACCUUUGUUCGCUGCUAAGGAUAUUAAAGACUUUUACCUCAAUCCUAGUCCUAAAAUCUUUCCACAAUACAAUUUCCCGCUAUUUAAAUAUGCUACGAAGAUUGUCAAAGCUAUUUACGGACCAAAAUACGAUGGGAAAUAUCUACAUCGCCUUGUGAAAGAAAAACUUGGAAGCACAAGAUUGAACCAGACAUUGACAAAUGUUGUUAUCCCAACAUUUGACAUUAAGCGACUCCAGCCAACCAUCUUCUCCAGCUACGAGGUUCAAAUUAUAGAGCUGGACGUCGAGUAUUUUGAUGUAUGCAUUGCCACCUCAGCAGCACCCACUUAUCUUCCAGCUCAUUACUUUGAAACCAAAGACUCCGAAGGGAAAGUGAGAGAGUUUAAUCUUAUAGACGGUGGCAUUGCUGCAAAUAAUCCAGCUUUACUUGCCAUUGGCGAAGUAACAAAGGAAGUGACCAGAGGAAGCCCUCACUUCUUUCAUAUAAAACCGAUGGAUUAUGGAAGGUUUUUGGUGAUUUCAAUCGGAACAGGGUUUUCUAAAGCUGAAGAGAAAUACAACGCGCACGAGGCAGCCAAGUGGGGUCUCUUAAACUGGUUAACCAGUAAUGGUUCCACCCCAAUAGUUGACGUUUUUUCUCAAGCAAGUGCAGAUAUGGUGGACUUCCACCUUUCCGAGGUUUUUCGUGCCCUUCGCUCUGAGAAAAGCUACCUCCGAAUUCAGGAUGACAAUUUAAGUGGGGUAGUAUCCUCUGUAGAUAUAGCCACAAAGAAGAAUUUGGACGAUCUUGUUGAAGUUGGUGAUGAAUUGCUUAAGAAACCAGUUUCCAAGGUUAAUUUGGACAUUGGCCUUGACGUUAAUUCUGGUCACGAGACAAAUAAAAAGGCUCUCAUAAGGUUUGCGAGACUACUCUCCGAAGAGAAGCGGCUCCGCCAUGCUAGGUCUCCCUGUUAG